AGCGCCUCGGCAUCCAAUCAAAUCCUGAAUUUUAAGUGGUGGUGUUACAGGGUGGAAGUGGGCAGCUCUUGUCGUCAGAGGGGAGUACAGUGCUGUCAUUCAUGAUGCAGUUCAUGCUCCUAUUCAGUCGUCAAGGCAAGCUUAGGCUCCAGAAAUGGUACGUGCCUUUGUCUGACAAGGAGAAAAAGAAGAUCACCAGAGAGCUGGUGCAGACAGUCCUGGCUCGGAAGCCCAAAAUGUGCAGCUUUUUAGAGUGGAGAGACCUGAAGAUUGUGUAUAAGAGAUAUGCCAGCCUGUACUUCUGCUGUGCCAUUGAGGGCCAGGACAAUGAGCUCAUCACGCUGGAAAUCAUCCACCGAUACGUGGAGCUGCUGGAUAAAUACUUUGGCAGUGUUUGUGAGCUAGACAUAAUUUUCAACUUUGAGAAGGCCUACUUCAUACUGGAUGAGUUCCUGCUGGGUGGAGAGGCUCAGGAGACAUCCAAAAAGAACGUCCUGAAGGCCAUCGAGCAGGCCGACCUGCUGCAGGAGGAAGCAGAGAGCCCUCGCAGUGUGCUGGAGGAAAUUGGACUCACAUAAACCUUAUCUUCAGCGUCCUCACAUCCCUCCAUGUGCCAGAUACUGUGUUGUACAUAACUGACAGCACCCACCUGCCUCUGAGCAAGCACACACACACACACACACACACACACACGCAUGCACACUUCACUCUGCGUCUGCGUUCGCCAGUUUUUCUACUUGUGUUAUUUUUGUUUAAACUUUAAGAGACAUGGCGUUACCUGUCAUCAAGACAAAAGCAACGACAUUUUACAUUUAUGCAGCUUUCAGGCCACAUCAAGAGGCGGCCUCUAAGUGAAUUGCUGCUUAAUUUCAGUUUGACUACAUCACAGGUGUGUGUGUGAAGCUUGUAAAACUUAUCCUAAGUAUUAGCAGAACCAAAGAGUGUGGCUUCACGUGGUUUUCAUGUAUUCAUGAAUUUUAAUUUAAGGGGGACAUAUUAUACAAAAGUCACCUUUUGCAUCCUUUUGUGCUGUCAUGUGGGUCUUACUGCCUCUAUAAACACUCCAAACUUGAAAAAAAAUCCAUACAUCCAUUUUCUGUCAGUAUUUUUCAAAUAAAUGUUUUGCUUAAAACUAAAAAAGUCCCCAUUUGUGACAUCACAAACAGAAAAUAAGCUAAAACACCCUCUCACUCUGAGCCCUUUUCAGAUAUUGGAGCUUCUUAGCUCAUGACAGAGCCCUGAAAUGGCUCAAUCUGGAAGGUACUGAAAAUGUCAAGAGUAAAAAUGUUGAAAUCUUUUCAUGCGAGAGGAAUUUAGUGCGAAGAACUUCAUGAACAUGUUUCGUACCGACCAUAGGAGUAGUAUAACUUCAGAAGAUGGUCAUAAUAUGUCCCCUUUGAAACUUAGUAAUGGUUUCAGUUUUAAACUCAUUUAAUUUUGCUCACUGUAAUAGUCCCGCUGGGGAUUAUAAAUAUGUGCAGAGUAUUCUCCCAGUGGACAGACCAAUGUCCCUCAUGCAGCAUCUACUGACUAGACUAAUAGCAGAUUUAACGUCAAAUGCCUUGAAGCGGUGAUUAAUGCUUAAAAGACUAUGUUACUGUUUCAUCAGUGCUUUUACAGCAAAACACUGUAGCAGAAUAACAUCAUGUAUUCAUGUUUUUAAUGAUGUGUUAGGUGCAAAUGAACUGUUCUUGUUUCAAAUGUGUUUUUGUGAAAAUGACAAAAGAAUUAUGUUCUUUUUAGAAUGCUUCAUGAACAGCCUCUGUUCAGAAAAAUAGAGUCAAGACUGAUGCACUAAUGGAUAAUCAGAACUAAAGUGCACUGCUGCUGGCCUGAAACAGUUAUAUGUAAACCUUUAGUGUAAUUUUAUUUUCAUGUUACACGAUUAUUUAUAGAAUUUAGAGGUUAUUUACAAGAAUAAUCAUCAAAAUGUUGUGGUGUAUUUAGGAGUUAUGUCCAGCAGGAAUUACUCUCUGUUUCUGCUCAAAUAACCGUGUGAUGUCACGAAGGUGUAAAAGAUUUACUAAAUGAUGUGUGCAUUAAGCUGCAUAAAGCUUUGGCAAAUGGAGCUGUUUGAAAGUGACUGAAGAGCUGGCUCCUUCUGAACAGGAUGUGGAAACGGCUUCGACGGACCCGACAGGAAGGUAGAGAACAGAGCAGUUUCUGAAAAAGCAUCAUUAAUGUUUCUUCUGCCAUCAUUUUCAUAAUGAGGUUAUUUUUAGCAGAAAUAUUAAUAGCAUCCUGUUGGACGUGACCCCUGAAUAAACUGGGAAUGCUGCUGGUGUUGAUGUUUAGGCUUGUAAACAACAACAGAAAUCCAUGAAAACAACUCAUGUUAAACCAACAUCAGUGUUGUGGGUUUAAAGUGGUAUUCCAUGAACUGCUGUGAAAUUUAGGAGAACAGAGUUUUCCAAUAGCAGCAUAACUUUAUUCUAGGCUGAUUCAUACUAGCCUUUAGCCCAUCCGUCCUUCCCGGCUGAGUUCCAUUUUUCUGACCAGCUGUUGUUCAGGAAGUCUUUCAUCUAUGUUACUGUGAUUGUUUUGUUAUUGUUUACAUUUCUCAGUACAGAACAAAGCCACAGCUGAAACAUGGGUAUCAUAACCAGUGCUGCUGGAGUUGAAGUCAUCGGUUCGGUAGCGGCACUUAAAGCAAGGACAUAAGGCCUUACUCCGUUCUCUUCCCUCAGCUUUGUUAAUGUGUCCUAAUUUCCCUGACUCACCUCAACCCCCCCUAAAAUAUACAAAAUAAUCAUUUUUAUAAUAAUUUGGAGGCUAAAUGUUUGUGUUAGUCACUGAUUUUUUUCAUUGAUCUCUGAAAAUAAAACCACAACUGAUAAAAAAAACAAGAACUUUUGAGGUUUGGUUUGGUUUCUGAAAAGACGGCUUCCCCUUCUGAGUAAAUUCAUCUACAUUUAUUUUUACCCAGAAGACAAUGAUUUGUUAAUUGUUUUUAAAUUAACAUUUAGGUUAUUUAAUAAAUGAAAAUGGAAUAUCAAAUGUUUUUAAACUCACCAUUUUGUUCUAAUACAUGUGUGAAAGUUUAUGUACAAACCAGAGUUAAUCAUAUAUGCGCUUGGGCAUUAACACUUUAUGCACCAUAAAGUAAUUUUACUGCGACUGCAACAACAAACCGGUAUCUCCAUUAAAGAGCAACAGCAUCAUACUGCAUGUCUUGUAUUAUAUUGAGGUGACUUUGUAUCAUAAAAAUGAUUUAAUAUAAUUUUACUCAUCUGACUGAGCAAAAAAAUAAAGCCUCACAAGAGUAAAAACACACACUGAUGCAGGACUUUGUGUUUGCAGCCAAUAAUUUCAUACACAACAUACUGAACUAGCAGGAACACUGCACUGCUUCUAAUUUAUUUAAAAACUCUGUGCUUUAUGUUUAAUUUGUGGUUUUCUGUAUUGUUUCAUAAACAAAACCUGAUAGUCAGUUUUGUUUUGACUUGUAUUUCUGUCUGAGGUGGAAUAGAGUCAGAAUCUUGUUGCUUUUCAGAAACUAAAAGAACUCAAUGCAGAAAAAAUAGCCUUGUGUCUGUCUUUGUGUCCGGAAGGGCAGGAUGUGGUGAUGAGUGUGAGG